AAGAACGGUGUAGCCCAGAGGAAACGCUUUACCUGAUUUCCUUAAGAAAAUUGACAUCCAAUUAUGAGUUCACCUAGGGGACGCGUAAGACAAAAAGAUUAUUUAGAACUUAAAAGAGAACUUCUUCAAAAUAACGAACUAUUUACGGAUCCUGAUUUUUCACCGAGUACAUCUUCGCUUACAUUCUCCGGCUUACAGCCUCGGAUUUCAGGAGUACGGAGUGUUAUAUGGAAACGUCCAGGGGAACUAGUUAAAAACCCUAGAUUCGUAAAAGACGGACUGACAAGGCAUGAUUUAGACCAAGGUCGUUUAGGAAAUUGUUGGUUCAUAGCAGGGGCAGCUGUGGUAUCUACUCAACCUAAACUUUUGUUUAGAUGUGUUCCAAUAGACCAACAUUUUGACCAAAAUUAUGCAGGUUUAUUUCGUUUUAACUUUUGGUGGUAUGGUAAAUGGGUGGAGGUCAUCGUUGAUGAUUUCCUACCAACAGAUGGCAGGAAGCUGAUAUAUGCAAAAAACAGAAGUGAUCCAGAUGAGUUUUGGCCAGCUCUCCUGGAGAAGGCUUAUGCUAAAUUGCGAGGUAAUUAUGAAGCAUUAGAUGGCGGUAAAACACAAGAUGCCAUUGUAGAUAUGACUGGUUCAAUAUCAGAAACAAUAGAUCUUACAGAAAAAUCGAAAAUACCAGAUAAUUUAUAUGAUCUAGUAUGGAAAAGUUAUCAGAUGAAUUCCUUAAUGGGUGCUUGUAUCAAUUUGCCAGGAAACACAAGCACACCAGAAUUUGAGAUGUCCAAUGGUUUGGUAAUGGGACAUGCCUAUAGCAUUACAGGAAUUACCUCGGUACCAUACAAAGGCAAUAAUAUACAGUUAUUACGUCUAAGAAAUCCAUGGGGUAAAUCAGAAUGGACGGGUGACUGGUCUGACCACUCAAAACAAAUUGAGAACAUCUCGCAAGAAACACGGAAAAAACUUGGGAUCGUCAUUAGAGAUGAUGGAGAAUUCUGGAUAUCAUUUAUAGAUGUAUUAAGAAUUUUUGAUGAAAUCCAACUGUGUCAUUUACAGCCAGAUGCAUUAACAUCAGAAAUAGCCAAUGAUGAGACGAAACAAAAUUGGGAAGUUACAGUCUACCAUGAUGCAUGGAUAAGGGGACUUACUGCUGGAGGUUGUGGCAAUGCUCCAUACAAAGAUCUUUUCUGGAAAAAUCCUCAGUUUUUAAUUACACUAAAAGAUGUGGAUAUAAAAGACAAUUCAGGGUUAUGUACCCUGAUUGUAACCUUGACAGAGAAAGAAAUGAAUAAUAAAUCAUCUGUUUGUAUAGGAUUCAAAGUGUAUAAGCUGAGAGAAUUUCAAAGGGGAUCACUAGAUGGAGAAUCAGUUCUUAGAAAUAAUUUAAUUCUACAAGAAAGAUCAGGGAGUUAUGAAUACAACCGUGAAGUGACAAGAAGAUUUGAGUUAAACCCUGGUGUAUAUGCUAUAAUACCUAGUACAUAUGAGGCACAUGCUGAAGCCAACUUUAUGCUUAGAUUGUACACAGAGAAACCAGCUGAAAGUGGAUUACUGGAAGAAAUUGAUAAGAAUGAACUUCAAAGGACAGUAAAACCUUUAGAUCCAGUGAAGGAAUUUUUUAUAAAGCAUGCCACUGAAGAUGGACAUAUCUAUGCUAUAGAAUUGAAAAAAUUUCUUAGAGAAUUUUCUGCAUCAGAAUUUGGAGAACCCAUACCGUUUAGUUUAGAGGCAGCUAGAUCUCUUGUAACACUAAUGGAUAGAAAUCGUUCUGGUGCACUUAAUUUUGAUGAAGUUGUAAAAGGAUGGAAUGAAAUUAAAGCUUACAAGAGAAUAUUUGAGCAGUUUGACAAGGAUGGGAGUUCAAGCGUAGAUACAUUUGAACUAAGCAAAGUUUUCAGGGCUUUGGAUUUUACGGUAAACAGACAGGUACUGGUAGCCAUUGUACGUCGCUAUGGAAACAGGAACAAUAAAAUCAGACUGACAGAUUUUUUGAUAGUGAUCUUUAAACUCACAUUAAUGUUUGAAAUUUUCAAGGAACAGCAGUUGAAAACCGGUGGUAAUAAUGAUGCUGCUUCAUUCACCUUAAAUGAAUAUCUGGACUACACAAUGUACUGCUAACCAACUGACCGACCUAAAAAGUAGAAAUUCAUGAGGAUAUUUCUAAGAAUAACAUUGCAAUGAAUUUUGUUUGUACAAAGACUUUUUUUUUAAGCUUAUAUUUUUACAGCCUUACUGUGUGUGUUAUUGUCACCAUUAAGUACCAACAGUGACAUCUUGCAUACAUUUUUCAAACUCUUCUUUUCUGAUUCUUAGCCCAAAUUUGACUGUCAAGUUUCAAGAAAGUAAUUUGUUAAAAUUCUAAUAUUCAAUGAGAAUCUUUUUAUGAUUUGUUUGCCAAGAUUUUGAUCAAAUGAAUCAUUCUUAAAGUCAUAAGAAACGAGUGACCGGUGACAAAUAAUGUUCUUCCAAUUCUUGAACCAAUGCAUACAAACAUCAUAAACUUAGUCUUCUGUGCUCGAAUUUAUCAUUUUUUCGUUUAAAUUUCGUAUAAUCGUAAAUUUUUUUUUCAAUCGGUCAGUGCUGUUGUGAAAAUAUGGCAGGUAAUUAAAGUUCGUGUUUUGUAGCCGAAGUUUAACGAUUGUCACCUGUUUGUCAACAAUUGACGAAAAAUAAACAAAAAAGCAUGAAAAUUGAGGCCAUGUUUAACAUGUAAGUUCAGAUAAUAGUUUAUUUUAAAGACAUUCAUGCCUAUUGUGGUCACCGGAUUUUUACGAGAUGGGUCACACUGAGGUCACCUUGCAUACGGAAAAUAUGUCGGAGGAAUUGCUUGCUGGAAGGAAGCAAUUCAAAAAAAGUAAACUUCUUCUAAAUAUUAAUAAAUUAAAGAAUUUUCUUCAGAAAAAAAGCAUAUGUACAUGAGUCUUAUAAUGAAAACUAUCCAUUGAGUUAUAAAAAACAUAUGCAUGAUUUUCUUUGAUUUGUGGUUUCUUAUAACUUUAAUGUAUUCCUAAUCAGCAUUAUAUAUAAAUAAAACUCCUUUCAACUAAAUCAACACUAUAUACAACUGUAUACAUAUAAAAUGGUAUCAUACCAGUGCUCUGCCAAUCGUGCAAAGACUGUAUAGCUAGCCAAGGAUGUUAAAAUAAACUACCAUCACUGGUACUCUGCCAAUCUUGCAAAGGCUGUAUAGCUAGCCAAGGAUGUUAAAAUAAACUACCAUCACUGGUACUCUGCCAAUCUGCAAAAACUGUAUAGCUAGCCAAGAUGUUUUAAACAUCCAUCACCAGUACUUUGCAACUUUCACUACCAUCAAUAUUGUAUUGGUGUAACUUUAACAUUGACUGGAAGAAUUUCAGUAAACUAGAUAAGAUUUUUUCUUGGGAUUUAUGUUAAUAUGAUUGAUUUGUUGAUUUACGGGCUCAUUGAAACCUUUAUUUUAGAAUCUCUUAAAACUGAUUAAUAUAGUAAGUUUUUGUCAUUAUUUUAAUUUCUGCAAUAAUGAAUAUAUUAAUAGGAAGGACUUGUAAAUGAUAUGCCACGUUACAAUGAGUUUUAA